AUGGUUUUCGCUUUUCUUAUUGUGUCUUUGCUUGGGCCUAUCAUCUUUGGCCAACCGGCUUGCGCUUCAGAAAUUCCCUGUGAAGAUGGUCGGUUGUGUCCGGCGCAUUGGUUGUGCUGCGAACACGGUUGCUGCGCACCCGCCAGCGCCACACCUCGUCACGAGCCUGACGAUGACGCCUUUAAGGAAAUUUUGUCUUAUCCCUGGUACACACAAUGGUCAGUCUUCAUUAUUCUCGGCUGUGGUAGUUUGCUGAGCAUCUUAGGUGUCUGCUGCGCGUGGUGCCUUCCCCUCCGGCGUCCGCAUGGCAGUUACAUGUGCUCAUUAUCGUGCUGCAUACAACGACCGAAUUCGGAACAUGACUCCGCUGGUUCAGUAUAUCCGCCACCACGAUAUAGUCGCUGCGGUUCUUUCCAUCAGGCUCCGCCGCCAUAUUCUGAAGUUACGUCAAAACCGGAUCUAUACCCUCUAGUGAUCACAUGCGCGGAAGGCGAUAGAAAAAAUGGUACUGGCGGAAACUAUCUCAUGGUUCACUAUUUUAGAAAUUACGUAAUUCGUCCACCAGGUUCUCUAUCUGCGACGAGUACUGCAGAGUCUCUGAACUCAAGCUUCAUAUGCAACGCAGCAAAUGAAGCUAACUCGAUCAUACCGCCUCCGUACUCUUGCGCGAGCAACUACGAGGAGUGUGGCGCUGGGUGCGGCGCUGGGUGUGCGGGGUGUGCGGGGUACGCGCGGGCGGAGGUGCGCAGCACAACGCGCCGCGAGCCCUCUGCCAAUUUCCGCGAGAACCUCAUCGCUUCACCCGUGGAGCCGCUACAGGAUGCAGCAUUUGAUUUGGAGCUGGAAUUGAUUGACUACGAGAUGUAUUGUGAUGGAGGUUGCAAGCCGCGAUUAGGCACAUCUCCAACAGCUCAUCGCUCACACUCCAACGUCAAUCACAAAGUUUAUGACCAUGAAGCGUACGGACCGCACAAUCUUUUCUCUAGUCCUUCAGAAGAAAACGCCGGUGCCUGUGAAUCUCCUCCACAGCCAACCAGCCCCACACAAACAUCAAAGGAAUCUACCCUACAUAUACCAAGCGACGAGAGAUCGGAAAGAAGGAGCAGGCGAUUAGAAAACGUCAGAAAAACUCUUAAAGCGAGAAAAUCUAGUCUCUAUAUGCCAUUGUCAAUUGCUCACUCCGGUAGACAGUCGAGGAUAUCUCCAGGGUCAAGAAUAUCUUCGCGAUCUGCUCCAGCCACGCCUUGUGGAGCACUUGUGCCUAACAUCCUUAUAUUCACGCAAAGAGUAUCCACGUCAAGGUAUAGUUCGAGAUCUUCUCGCCUCGAAGAAGAAAACGACCCACUACUUACGGACGCUAACUCGAUCAUACCGCCUCCGUACUCUUGCGCGAGCAACUACGAGGAGUGUGGCGCUGGGUGCGGCGCGGGGUGUGCGGGGUGUGCGGGGUGCGCGCGGGCGGAGGUGCGCAGCACAACGCGCCGCGAGCUCUCUGCCGCUUUCCGCAAGAACCUCAUCGCUUCACCCGUGGAGCCGCUAGCUAACUCGAUCAUACCGCCUCCGUACUCUUGCGCGAGCAACUACGAGGAGUGUGGCGCUGGGUGCGGCGCGGGGUGUGCGGGGUGUGCGGGGUGCGCGCGGGCGGAGGUGCGCAGCACAACGCGCCGCGAGCUCUCUGCCGCUUUCCGCAAGAACCUCAUCGCUUCACCCGUGGAGCCGCUACAGGAUGCAGCAUUUGAUUUGGGGCUGGAAUUGAUCGACUACGAGAUGUACUGUGAUGGAGGUUGCAAGCCGCAAUUAGGUGUAUCUCCAACAGCGCAUCGCUCACACUCCAACUUCCAUGACACAGUUUAUCACCAUAAAGCAUACGGACCGCACAAUCUUUUAUCUAGUCCUUUAGAAGAAAACGCUGGUGCCUGUGAAUCUCCUCCACAGCCAACCAGCCCCACACAAACAUCAAAGGAAUAUACCCUACAUAGACUAAGCGACGAGAGAUCGGAAAGAAGGAGCAGGCGAUUAGAAAACGUCAGAAGAACUCUUAAAGCGAGAAAAUCUAGUCUUUAUAUGCCAUUGUCAAUUGCUCACUCCGGUAGACAGUCGAGGAUAUCUCCAGGGUCAAGAAUAUCUUCGCGAUCUGCUCCAGCCACGCCUUGUGGUGCACUUGUGCCUAACAUCCUUAUAUUCACGCAAAGAGUAUCCACGUCAAGGUAUAGUUCGCGAUCUUCUCGCUUCGAAGAAGAAAACGACCCACUACUUACGGACGUUGAGAACCCACCACUAUUUGAUCAUAAAUUUUAA